AACUUCCAUCCUAAUUCCAUAUUUACAUACUUAUAUAUUUCUUGUUUUAAUUGCUACCUAAACCUUUUACAGAAUGCUACACUACAAACAACGUAUUUUCAUCCUCAGAAGUGAUAUAAACCCUGAGUUUGUAAUUAUUCGCUACAGUCUGAAAGUCUGCAUUUCAAUACACAGAGCUUUACUUUCCUUCAACUUACAGCAGCACGUUUGAAAACUUUGCAAUUUUGAAAGCAUCAUUUUCAGAAUUGUUUUUCACAGAGAUGGGAGGCUACAAUGGUAUCGAGUGGUGGGUGAGUUACGCUUCUAAUGACAAAGAAGCGUUGAAAUGUAUCGGCUUGGCGAGAUCGUUGAAAAGGACGCUGACCACUAGACCAUUAAUGGUCAUCACUAGUGUCCAAGUUGGGCGAGAGAUGAGUUUUUCUCUACAAAACGAGGUGGACAAAGUUUACGUUUUAAGAUCUACCGAGAAUUUGAAAUUCCGAUCCUUGGCUAAACUCAAGAUGUAUGAAUUGAUUGGGGGUAGAGGUCAACGACGACACGUAUUUCUGGAUUGCAAUUGCCUACCUGUAAAAAAUUGCGAUGAUUUGUUUCGGCUAAGUGGCGUUCAAUGGUGCGGCUUGAACGGAACUGGGGAAGAAUUUGCUGGAAUUCUUGUGAAUUCUACAUCGAUGCGAGGAGUUGAUAUGGAAAAAAUUACGCGCAAGGUGGUUGAGCGAGAAAAUCUACAAGGAGGUCACCCUGAGAAAUCGAUGUCGCCGGUGCUGGAGGAGAUUGAGUAUUGUUUUGAACUGGAUAUGCAAAGCCCAAACCCAGCUCAGCUUCCCGGAAAUGAAAUUAAAAUGAUUUGUUUUUUGAACGGUCAUCCCAAUGAAGAACUUGACGAAAUGGGAACUGUAAACAAAUGUGUCCUAACUCAAGAUUUAAAAAACUUUUGGAACUCUAUUAUUUCUACUGAAGAAGGAAAUGAAAAAAUAUCUCAAAUCCUUAGACCAACAUUUACGCGACAGGAUCCCACCUGUCCGAUUGCUAUUGUUGGAAUGGCGUGUCGUUACCCUGGGGCGAACUCAAUUAAAGAGUUUUGGAAUUUAUUGGAACAGGGUUUGGAAGGAAUCUGCAAGGUUCCAGAAGGAAGAUGGACCAAGGAAAAUUCCAUUAUUCUCAUUGAGAACGUGAGAAAUACAGAAGCUGGCUUCCUCUCGUGCCCCAUUGACGUUUUCGAUGCCAAAUUUUUUAACACAAAUUCGGCAGAUAUGGCUUUAUUAGACCCACAACAAAGGCUAUCCCUACGAGUUGUUUGGGAAGCUUUAGAGGACGCUGGAAUCGAUCCAAAUUCUUUAAAAAAUUCAUUAACUGGAGUAUUUGGAGGAUGGUGGCGGAACGAUUAUCGAGAUAUAAUACAAGAAGUCGGAGUCAAUGAUACUGACUUUCUUCGUUGUUACAUGGGAAAUGCACUUGGGCCACUUACUGCUAGAAUUUCCCACUUUUUUGAAUUGAUUGGACCUAGUUUCUCCACGGAGAGUGGGUGUUCUACCUCGAUUGCAGGGGUAGAUAUGGCUUGUGACAAUUUACGAAAUGAAGCCUGCGAUGUGGCAAUAGCCGUGGGAGUUAACUUACUCCUCCACCCAUUUACGCCAGGACUGUUGGAGGGUUUACUUGCACCAAAUGGGAGAUGCAAGACAUUUGAUGCUGGUGCCGACGGGUUUGGAAGGGCAGAAGGCGUUGGCGUCCUAAUUCUGAAGAGAUUAUCCAGCGCGGUGUCGGAUGGAGAUAAAAUUUGGGGCGUAAUUCGGAGUUCCGCUGUGGUACAGGAGGGAACAAGCAGGAGUAUGGGUACCCCCACGGUAAAUGUCGAAGCUAAAGCCAUGCAGUUAGCGCUUGACCGGGCAGGCAUACACCCUGACGAUGUCGAUUUCGUUGAGACACAUGGGACCGGAACUCCAAUAGGAGAUCCAAUUGAAGUUGCUGCUAUCGCUAAGGCUUACUCAUCCCCUUCCCGAAACCCACUAAUAAUUGGAUCUGUGAAAACAAAUGUGGGGCAUACCGAAUCUGUUUGCGGAAUUACUGGGAUACAUAAAACUGUUCUCGCGAUGCAGCACAAUCUCAUCCCAAAACAUUUGAAUUUUACUCAAAUAAGCCCAGAAAUCGACUUGGGUGCCAUUCCAGCACAAUUGCCUCUCGAACCAAUUCCAUGGGAAAAGAAAACAAACGGGAGACCACGAGUUGCUGGAAUAAACUCAUUUGGGAUUACAGGAGCUCAAGCUCAUUUGAUUCUUGAAGAACCUCCACUUUUGGCUCCAGAAAGGAUUUUCACCCAAACUGACUCACGGGAGUAUAAAAUUGUAACGUUUUCCGCAAAAACAGAAUCGGCUUUGAAUGCACAAGUAGCAGCGUACAAAGAUUUUCUUGAUCCAUCGAACAAUGUUUCCUUGUCUAACUUGGAGUACACAUUGCACACUGGACGUCCACAUUUCGCUCUACGACAAGUGAUUGUAGGAUCAACAAAUGAUGAACUUUUGUCGUCCAUAGAAUCAAUCCAAAAAGGUCAGAAUAUCUCCAACACACCACCUAGACUCUGUUUCCUAUUCACAGGUCAAGGCUCACAGUAUGCUGGUAUGGCAAAAUCACUCUACAACCAAAGCGCUGUCUUUGCGUCGACUUUUGAUUGGUGUGAUUCCAUUUUGAGCUUGGAGUAUGGAGUGCAAAUUAGGAAGGCACUCUGGGACGAUGAUUAUGCUGAUCUUCUCAACACAACCAUGUACGGCCAAAUUUCAAUAUUUUGCGUAGAAUUUUGCCUCCUUCGAUUGUGGGAAUCCUGGGGUAUCACUCCAGAGGCUGUCAUGGGUCACAGCCUGGGUGAGUUUGUGGCCGCUGUUGCAGCUGAAAUAUUGAACCCAAUGGAUGCGCUCAAGAUGGUUGUAACCAGAUCCAAGCUCAUUGAAGCCCUGCCAAGCUCUGGAAUGCUGGUUGUUGGGUGCAACAUGGAUACUGUUUUAACAGAAAUGAAUAGAGCAUUUGCCAACACAAAAAAUUGGUUGGAAAUUGCUGCCGUUAAUUCUCCUAACCAAACCGUCGUAUCAGGAGCAAGCCACAGCAUUUACGAAUUUAAGAUAUUUUGUGACAACAAUGGUAUUAAGACGCACGCUCUUGACGCCUCUCAUGGAUUUCACUCGAAAUUUAUGGACCCAAUAUGUCAAGAGUACUGUGAACUAUUAUCAAAUACCAAAUUCUCAACGGCAAAGAAGUAUAAAUUCAUAUCCGGCGUGGAGGGACGAGUUCUGUCCGAAGUCGACAAGAACUACUGGUGGCGACAUACACGAGAAAAGGUUUGUUUUCUGGACGCCAGCAAAGCAGCUGAAAAAGAAGGACUGGCCAUGUUCCUAGAAAUUGGCCCUCAUCCAGUUCUCUCGGCAUUGAUUCUAACUAAUCUAGAUGAGGUAUCCACCGAAAUCUCAGCAGUCCCUUCGCUACGUCGUAAAGCUGAUGAUUGGGAGACUAUGUUAUCGUCUUUGGGGAGGUUAUACACACAUGGCAUCCCAAUUAAUUGGAAAAAUUUUCACCGCUAUUCUAAUCGGGUCAAGAUUGAAAUUCCUGGCUACCAUUUUGAAGAUACCAGCCACUGGAUUGCAAUUAAUGAUGAUGGUUCUCUUCCUUUUCACCCGCUGCUUGGUGGAUUUGUUCAUAAUCCUAGUGCAGUAACCAUCUUCAGAAACAGUCUCAAUGUCAAUCGUAUUCCAUUUCUAAAAGACCACGGGGUAGGAGAUAAAAUCCUGUUUCCAUGUGCAGGAUAUCUGGAUAUGUGUAUAACAGCUGGAUACUGUGCAGCGGAGUGUAAAAAUGGGGUAUUUACGAAACCCUUAACUCCUUUGUGUCUCCAAAAUUUUGCUAUCCAUACCCCAGUCUGCUUAAGCGAGAUGUGUCCUACCGAGUUUCAAGUAACCGUAGAUACAUCUGCCGAUGGACAACGGCAGAUGACCAUCUACACAAAAUUGAUUUUGGAAGAUAAAAAAUGUAAAUGGAUUCGAAAUGCUUCCGCAAAUCUUGCAACGGCCAUUCCAUUUUCCCCUGAUCCUGCCUUGCACGACUUUACAACCAUUCGAGCUAGAUGCGGAAACGCGGUAUCUGAAAAUAAUAAAUACGAUUACGAUGAACUUCUGGAGUAUGGGUUUAACUUUGGACCAUCACUGAGAGUAGUUCAGGAUGGUUGGAAAAAUAAUUCCAACGACGAGUUCAUCUUUAAGUUUAGGACCUUUGAAACAACUGAUGAUUUGGACAGAUUCAUCAUUCACCCAUGGGCAGUUGAUCCAAUGUUACAAACCCAACUUGUUGCUCUUGGCCACUUGAAUCAAAAUCAUCACAAACGACUGGCAGUGCCUAUACAAAUUGAAAGUUAUAUAUGGUGGGGGCCAAGUAAUGUCUACGAAGGUUCUGGAUACGUCUACAUAAGAAAUUCCUCAGCUUCCGCACUAUUCGAGUCCCAUUUAUAUAAUGAAAAGGGAAAACUUAUGGUCUCCAUGAUUGGAACUGAAUACGUGGAGACUACUCUCCCAAAUAUCCUUGCGCUUAUAGAUUCUCAUCGUAACCCUUACCCAACUUUGGCAGAAGUUGGUUGGAAGGAGUGGCUUGGCCCAGACGAAAGACGAAUAGAAAAUCAAGAAAUCCCCGGUUUCCGGGAGUAUGAAAACAUGUCACAACCAUAUGACAAUUUAACGGAAGAUGAAGCUCAAUUUCAUUCGGAUAUUAAUAAGCUAGCAGGGUUGUAUAUUCAAAAGGCAAUAGUGGAAUUAAGAUUGGAAGCAAAUGUGUGGGAAUUAUCAGAUGUCGGUGAAAAAUGUGGGGUAACCCCACAUUUGCGUAAGUUCCUUCGAUAUAUGUUCGUUGAACUAGUGAAGGAUGGAUGGUUGAUACAGAUUGAGGAUAAUCGAUUUAUCAGAAAAAAAAUUCUACCAACUUUGCAUCAAAUUUUGAAAGAUAUUCAAAUUCUUCGUAGCGGCAUGACUACAUUACCAUUGCCUUGGGUUGACACUGUUUGGGAAAAUUUAUCACAAAUACUCACCGGAAAGCUUGAGGCGUUACCAUUAUUGUACCCAGGACACGAAAUGCCUGGGCCAGCUGAACUAUUCUACAAAGAAUCCCUCAUGUUUAAAAAGAGAGCCGCCCUAAACCAUGUUGAGUAUAGCAUUCUUUCUCGAUAUGCUAGCGCUGGAAGCAAAGCCGUGGUGAGGGUUUUAGAGUGUGGUGCUGGAGUUGGGUCUUCUACCUCCUAUCUAAUUGACAACAUGGUUACAAUUGGUCCAUCACAUUUUGAAUAUACCUAUACGGAUAUUUCACCCGGGUUUUUGGAGAAAGGUGAAAAGCUGUUUGCAGAAACUGGAAUCCCGGCAAAAUUUGGAGUUUUUAACUUGGAGGAGGAUCCAUUUCACCAGGGUCUAAUUUCUGGACAUUACGACAUUAUUGUUGCUUUCUUCGUAAUUCAUGCAACCCGUGAUAUUCAAGAAGCCUUGAUAAAUGUGCGAAAAUUGUUAAAACCUGGAGGAACUGUACUUAUAACCGAGCUGGUAAACCCAAAUAGAGAAGUAAACCUAACGUUUGGGGGGCUAAGUGGGUUCUGGAAAUUCGCCGACGUUGCUUUGCGACCCUGGAAUUGUGAGCUCUCGAUAAGCAAUUGGACCAAGGUUCUUGAAACAUGUGGCUUUGAAGAUAUCGUUUCGCUUAAAAGCUAUGUCGGUGCUAACGCUUUACUCAUUGGAAAAUUGAAUUCAGAUUCUUUAAAAGACUGCAUGCCUCCAUGUCCUCGGUCGGAUUACUGGAUUGUAUUCUCAGAUGAAUGUCAAAUAUCCCAUGAGGUGAUUGAUAAGUUACACGGAAUGGACUUUAAGGUUCAAGUGGUGACCUGGGACAACCGAGACGACAUUGAAACCAUAUUGGGAUCUGCAUCUGCUGGUGAUGAUUCCAAAUGGGUUGGCGUAAUCUACUUAUGGGGACUUCGUGAUCAUGCCACAACCGAGGACGUCUGUAAGCCCUACCUAAGUGUGUGCAAACGCUUAGCAAAACUUCAAAGUCCUCUAAAAUUACUGACGGUUACGAAAGGAAAUUUGUCGACUGGAGCAACAGAUUUUUCUCAGGUCAAUCCAAUAUCCUCUCCUUUAAUAGGAAUGACCAACGUUUUAACGAAUGAGAAUCCAGAUAUUCAGUGCAAGUGCAUCGACGUUGAUGCUUCCACAAGUUCUAUAGAGUUAGUUGCUGAGAUGAGCAUGAACGAUGUCGAUGUAGUGGUUGUAUAUAGGAAUCGAAAACGCUUUACUCCAAGAUUACGUCCUUACAAGAUCAAAACAAAUUGUUUAAGCAUCCCAUCUUCUGACAGAUUUCAACUUGUUCUACCAGAAUCCCGUGUAAUUUCUGAUCUUUAUUUUACUCCGGCAAAGGUUGAGCAAUUUGGCCCAAACGAAGUCGAGAUCGAGGUGAAAGCAUAUGCUUUAAAUUUCCUGGAUAUAUUCAUGGUUACCAAGCCAGACCCAGUAUUUGACAAAUUCAAUUACUUGGGUGUUGACAUUGCUGGAAUUGUCACCAAAGUUGGAGCAUCCUGCGAAAGAAAGAUUGGGGACCGAAUUGCUAUGGCCCGAAAAACGGGAUGUGCAAUGCCAAGCCAUCUAGUGACAACCGAAGAUCUAAUAAUUCCAAUCCCAGAUGAAAUGACGAUGGCUGACGCUGCGACCUUUCCAAUGGCUGCAUUAACUGCAACUAAUUGUUUACUAGAUGCAGCGAUACCUAAAAUGGAAGACGUGGUUCUAAUUCACACUGCCUCCGGUGGCGUAGGAUUAAUGGCCAUUCAAAUGGCACAAUACAUAGGAUGUACAAUUGUUGCUACAGCGGGGAACGAUCGAAAACGUAACUAUUUAAGAAGCCUUGGGUUGAAAUAUAUUUUCAACUCCCGAAAUACAGAUUAUGGAAAAGAUAUCAGAAAUUCCCUUGGGCGCGGGGUCACAAUUGUACUUAACUCACUAACUGGACCCGGAUACAAGGAAGCGACACUCGCGCUAUGUGAUAGUGGCGCCAGAUUCAUUGAAAUGAGUAAAAUGAAUAUUUGGAGCAAAGAUGAAGUUAAGCACUUGCGGCCAGAUGUACACUACAGAGUUGUUGAUGUUUCCAUUAUUGACGAACAAAAGUUAAAGAAUCAACUAAAAUUGAUAAAAUCCAACUUGUUUGGAGAAACUGACUUUAAACCGAAGCCACUACCAUAUACUCGUUUUUUCUCAUCCGAAGUUCGGGAAGCAUUGGAGUAUAUGGAGCAAGUCAAACAUAUCGGGAAAAUUGUGCUAACAAUGCCUGAGCUUGGAAACAGUGGCGUGGGGACCCACAGUUUUACUUUAUUUAAUUAUUGCUCUACGUACCUUAUAACUGGAGGUUUAGGUGGAAUAGGACUUGAGGUGGCUAAGUGGAUGGCAUCCUCUGGGGCGAGGAACAUCCUUCUGGUUGGCCGAUGCUCUCCUUCGCCUGAAGCCUUAGCUAAGAUUGCAGAAAUACAAGGUCUGGAGGUGAACGUGUUUGUCGAACUAUGCGACAUAGGGAACCCAGACGAUGCAGAGAGACUCUUUGUUCAUGCUGCAGCAACAAUGUUUCCCAUUAGGGGAAUUAUGCAUGCAGCUGGUGUUCUGGAUGAUGGAGCAUGGGACAAACAAAGCUGGGAAAAAUAUCAGAACGUAUUUCAAGCAAAAGUGGACGGAGCUUGGAACCUACAUCAACAAAGUCUCAAACUACACUACCCACUUGAGCACUUUGUUCUAUUUUCGUCUAUGACAGCAACUUUGGGAGCAAUUAGCCAAAGUAAUUAUGUUGCGGCGAAUCAGUACCUCGAUUGUUUAUCACACUACCGAUAUUCUCAAGGACAACCGGCAAUUUGCAUAAACUGGGGGCAAUGGGGCGAGGUAGGUCUUGCCAAAAAUUUAACACUGCCCUCGUUCAAACCGUUUACAAUAAAUCAAGGCCUUGCCGCAUUGGAACAUGCACUAGGAUCCCGAAAAAUUCAAGUUGCUGCAUACGAUGCUGAUCUUGGGUCUUUAAUGAAAGUUCUAAAUUCAACACGUGGGCUUCUGUCCGAGAUUGAACAACGUCAGGCUAACAGCCUUAUUGAGAUCGACUCGGAUGAAUUUUGGAAAGAAUAUGACGUACUUCAAAAUAAUGAAGAAAGAAUCAAUGUGGUUAAAAAGUUUAUAAAAAAACUGCUUCGAAUUACUCUCAAAAUGGACAAGACGGAAGAAAUCGGUGAUCACGUCAACUUCCAAGAUCUUGGACUUGAUUCGCUGUUGAUGGUGGAAUUAAAGAACUCACUUCAAUCUUCCUUUGGCAAGCGCGUGAAAAUUUCAAUAAAUUCUGUCAAGGAUUGCAAAACCGUCGCUGAGUUGUCAGAGAGGUUGGUUGAGCUUAUUUCUGGCAAAGAGGAACUACCACCACCUACCAGAGAAGAAUUGAAAGAAUUAAUUUCUCGGGAUGUCGACUUACCAAUCACUAUUAAAGUCGAUAAUCAGCUUACAUCAACACCUGUUCCAAUCUCUCAGGUUGAAUGUGUUCUACUGCUGGGUGUCACUGGAACUCUUGGGUCGUAUAUGCUAAUCGAGUUGUUGAAGCAAAAGUCAGUUAAGAAAAUCGUGUGCCUUUUGAAGCACAAUCCACUGCAGUCCUCCCGAGAGCGAUUCUUGAAAUGCAUGUCGGAAAAGAAAUUGAACAGCGAAAUCGACAUGGGAAAAAUUGAAUUCGUAACAGGGGAUGUAAGGAAGGCAAAACUAGGGUUACAUGAAUUCGUCCAUGCGAAACUUGUAGAUGAAGUACACGUAAUCAUCAACCUUGCGGUCAAAGUUUCCUUUGACGAGAUUUACAGAGAAACCGAUGAUCCAAGAAGCAGUCGUGUCACAAAUGUAUUCGGAAUGAGAAAUGUCCUAGAGUUUGCGGUGAGUGGGCGGCUUAAGUACGUUUACCACUCAUCUAGCAUUGUCACGGAAGUUCGCGUAGGUCCAAGUGACCGACUUUGGGAAGAAUGGGUAGAUGAAGGACUUCUUGAAUCUGCCCCUAACUCGGCCUAUGCCAUCUCUAAGCUAAUAUGUGACCGAUUAGUGGGUAAGGCCGUGGAGAAUGGGAUUCCGUGCAAAAUCUUUCGACUUCCCCAAAUAGGUGGAGACUCUGCUACUGGAGCUAACGUACAGAUCGAUAGCGUCCUGAUGAUGCGAUUUUUUGCUUACAUGUAUCUCGGAAUAAUGCCGGCACAAAAUAUUCCAUUCAGUUUACUACCAGUCGAUCUCUGUUCAAAGUUAUCUGCUCAAGUAUUUUUCGACUCGAAUGCCGGGAAUGAGAUGUUUAAUCUACUCAAUCCUCACUUGGGUGAUGAGAGGGACUUUGAGGAACUUGCAGGAGAAUUUGGGGUAAAAAUGGAAGCACUGGACCCGGACGAAUUUGUUAAAAGGGUGGAAGAUAUGAAACAAAAUGAAAAACUUGACGCUGAUAUGAUGCAACUAAUUCAGUUUGCAUUUACUUAUAAAGCUGAAGCUUAUAGUCUUGAAGACAUGGAGAUUCCUGUGUAUAUGUCAUGGAUUCGUGGAAACAAAAACAUUUUUUUGAGUGAAAAACUGGAACGGUUAUUACCCUCAGAGUAUCCAUCAUGUAUCCCUAAAUCAUGGGACGUUUUGCGAAAAAAUCUCCAACACGCAAAAGACAUGGGUCUGUUCGAUCGCUUCAAAAUCAAAUACACUAAAGAAAAUUAAAAUUGAGCGGUGCCGACAUCAUGGUAAUUAAUGUGUCGCACAAAUAGAAUGAACACAUACAUACCUACUUAUGCAGUUUUAUGACACUGCAAACGGCACCAAUAAUUAAUACCCAUUUUUAAUGAAAAAUUAUUGCAAUAUUCAUAACCCUUCUAUAUGCAUAUUUUUAGCUUAAAAACAUCUAUGUAGUUUCGCUGAUAUGAAGACAACCAAAAAUGAUUGACAAAACUCAGGAAUAAUUUUGGUUUCUUCAUUAUCUUCAUAAAUAUAUAGCGAAUUACUAAUUCAUUACAGCAUAUUUCUCUUUAAUAAAUUCACAAAUAAAAUCUGUACACCGAUUUUGUUGAUCUAUGGUAUCUUACAGACGAAUUUAUGUUACUGAUAUAAAUAUGUGCAUAAUUACAAUAAAACGCAACUUAAACACAA